AUGUCUAGAAUCCCUGUUCCCUCGCAAGCCCCUUCACCUCAUAAAUCCGCAGCCAAUUUCUCGACGAUGGAUCGAUCUUCUUCGCCUCUUUCUCAACAGAUCCGUCACCCACAAUUAACCUCGACGUCCAUGUCUAGUCUGUCUGUGUCAGAGACCAGGAGAAAGCAAACCAAAAGGGAUGAGGCAAUUCGCAAAAGGAUCGAGUCAGAACUAUCGCGGAAGCGAGUUAUACCCCUGACUCAGAAUAUCAGUGGACGAAGCAAGCGUUCUAGCAGGUCAGCGGUUACCAGAGGUACCGUCGCAGCGUUAAGGCCAAGUCUGGCUUUAACCGUCCCGGAGAAUAUCACGGUCGCAGAAGCCAGUCAGCUCUGUGCCGCCAAACGAACUGAUUGCGUUCUUGUCGUGGAUGAGGAAGAGGGCUUGAGCGGCAUUUUCACGGCUAAAGACUUAGCAUACCGGGUAACAGCAGAUGGCCUCGACCCUCACACUACUCCAGUGAGCCAGAUCAUGACGCGAAGUCCCAUGGUGACCCGUGAUACGACUAGUGCUACUGAUGCUCUUCAAUUGAUGGUGCAGCGGCACUUUAGGCACUUGCCGGUCUGCAAUGAGGAGGGUAAUGUUGUUGGCCUACUUGAUAUCACCAAGGUAUUUCAUGAGGCAUUGAACAAAGUGGAGCGUAGCUCGUCUGCUUCCGAAAAGCUUUACAAUGCUCUUGCAGGUGUGCAGUCGGAGCUAGGACCGGGAAUGACGUCAAACCCUCAGGCUGCAGCAAUGCUCGCCUAUGUAGACGCUCUAAGGGAGAAAACGGCUCUGCCUGAUCUCACUACGGUCAUUGAUCGCUGUGUACAGCCCGCGACCGUGACGCCGAAGACGACGGUGCGUGAAGUUGCCAGGCUCAUGAGAGAGAGGCGAACAACCGCAGUUUGCGUCAUGGAAUUUCCGGCCGCAGUCUCAGAUAUGUUUCCCAAAGUUGUGGGCAUCUUCACCAGUAAGGACAUCGUGUUAAGGGUUAUAGCUGCUGGGCUAGAUGCGGGCAUGUGCAGUGUCAUCAGAGUAAUGACCCCGCACCCUGAUACGGCACAACCCAGCAUGAGCGUUCAUGAUGCGCUGAAAAGAAUGCAUAACGGGCACUAUCUCAACCUGCCAGUGGUUGAUUUUGACGGUCAAUUGAUGGCUAUCGUUGACGUCUUAAAGCUCACAUACGCAACGCUAGAGCAGAUGAAUGCCAUGACCGCAGACACUGCGGAGGGAACCUGGGAUAGUCAAGGCGGGCCUAUGUGGGGCAAAUUCUUCGAGUCCUUAGGUGGCCAAGAUGACAAUGAUUCUGUAGUAUCUGGUUCUCAUAUCCCAGAAGAGGGUGUCAUUGGGCAGCAACAACAGUCUUCAUAUUCCGAAGUGCAUCCUAGCGAUUCUGCUUCUUUCAUAGGCGAUGAGUUGACAUCUGCGCUGGAGCCAUUACCUCAUGAAAAAGGUAGAAUUGCCGCCCCUUCGAUCACUGGUACAUUAAACACUCUGGCCGAUGAUGGAACUUACGUCUUCAAGCUCCGUAUGCCUAGUGGACGUACACACCGUUUUCAAGCCCGCCAUGAUAGUAUGGAAACUCUUGAGGAGAUAGUGCGAGGGAAGUUAGCAGCAGAUCCGUUCUUCACCGAGUACACCGGUAUGGUGGAGACGCGACCCGAUCCGUGCGAUUUCGAUCUAUCGUACACAGAUGCGGAUGGUGAUGCGGUGUUAAUCACCAGCGACAGCGAUAUUGUAGAUGCGGUAAAGAACGCUCGUUCUGCAGGAUCGGAUCGUGUUGUCCUAUUUGCUCAAGGCGGCAGGAGUUGGGUGAGUGCUGGAUGGGAAGGAGAAGUGAGUACUACUCCAUCAAAGGAGGUGGCCAUUGGCAAGGAAGCGGAAAUAGUGAAGGGGGCGGCAUUAGUGAAGGAGGCAGCAUUAUCCCAGAUAUCUCCCGAAGAAGAUACCAUAAUGGGUAUGCCAAAAGAUCUUAUCUUGCCAACUAGUGUUGGUGCAUUGGCUGUGGUGAUCUUGGCUAUCUUCACAUUUUCGCGCAUAGCUAAAUGA